AUGACGUCAAAUAGUGACAAUGCAACAACAACAACAACAACAACAAACGAUCAUUCAACAAUCGAACGUUCACGUCGUAAUCGAAAUCGUUCGAAAAAAAAUGGCAUCAACAUUAAUAAUGUUAGUAAUGGUCAUAUUUAUACGGUAACACCGAUUCCACCAACAUCAUCAUCAUCAUUUUUGAUGAUUAAUUCACAACCGAUACCACCUCCACAUAUUCAUCAUCUUCAACAACAACAAUAUCAAUCUACAAAUUUGACAGGAACGAUGACGCCCAUGUUUCAACAACAACAACAACAACAACAGCAGCCAACGAUACAACAACAACAACAGCAAUCAAUUGAUAUGAAUAGUAUAAUAACGGUUGGUGAUCCAAAUAAUAGUUUAAUCAUCCCACAACAGCAACAACAACAACAACAACAACAACAACAAUCGUUACAGGAUUUUAAUCCCAUCGAAUUCAUUGAACAACAUGGACACAUACGUUGGCCUAAGAAUGAAUUCUGUACACCAUGUAAUUGUAUGUGUUUUUUCAUUGCAUUCAUCUUUCUUGUUACGGCAUUAAUGUCUGGAAUCUAUUAUAAUCUGAACUUUUUCGAUGGCAAACAUUUAAGAGAACGUGUAUUUAAAGCAAAAUUUGUUGUACGUAAUCAGGAUUUUCUUUUGAACGAACUUGAAAAUGUUGAUUCAAAUGAAUUUCGUCAAUUCUCCAAUAUGUUACGGAAACGAAUCGAUAGUUUAUUUCAACAAAGUAUGAUUAGUGGAUCUUUUGUAAAGACUGAAAUAAUUGCAUUUGAACGAAAACGGAAUUCACCAUCCGAAACAAUUAUACAUUUAAAUGUACAUGUUGCUUCCGAUAAAUCUUCAAAUGUCGAAACAUCGGAUAUUUAUUUAAUACUUGCUGAAGAAAUUAUCAAUAAUCGUUUGAAGAUUUUUGACAAUUUAAUGGUCGAUCAUAAUUCGAUUGAUGUUCAAGAACGACGUUGGCAUCCAUUUCAUCGGAUUGGUGGAUCCAACAUCGUAGGUGUUGGUGGUGGUGGUGGCGGUGGUGCUGAAAAAUAUUCAAUGGAUUUAUCGGCUUCUGUUUCAGGAAAUCCAUGGCAUCAUAAAUCAAUGUUUCCUGGUAUGCUUGAAGGUCUACAAAUGGAACCAACACCACCACCACGUAAAUGUGGCCGUAUCAAUCUUCAAUAUUGUCGUUUUUUGCCAUAUAAUCAAACAUCAUAUCCAAAUUUUUUCCAUCAUUGGAAUCUUAGUUCAAUUGAAGAAGAAUUUAUACAAUUCAAAGAAUUGAUCGAUUCAGAAUGUUAUUCAUUGUCGAAACAAUUUCUAUGUAAUCUAUUACAACCAGAAUGUCAAAAUAAUAAUGAAGAUAUAAUUAUAUUACCAUGUAGAAAUUUUUGUCAAGAAUUCUUUGAUUCUUGUCACAGAUGGUUACCAGAAAAAUUGAUGAAAAAAAUUUCAUGUUCUACAUUUCCUGCUGCUGCUGUUGUUGUUGACGAUGAUGAAGAAAGACAAAAUGAUUUUGGUAUAUGGAAUCAACAACGUCGUCAACGUAGAAAAAUAUGUCAUAAUAAACCGGAUUGUGCUACACAGCUUCGUUUACAAUCACAACAUUAUAAAAUCUGUGAUGGUAUAUUCGAUUGUUUAGAUGAAACGGAUGAAUCAAAUUGUACAUAUUGUUCCAUUAGUAAUGGUGGUGGUGGUGGUGGUAGUAGUACAGCCCAUUUCCAUUGUGGUGAUCGACAAUGUAUAUUAUUGAAUCAAACCUGUGACAAUAUAAGAGAUUGUAGAAAUGGUGCCGAUGAAAUUAAUUGUCUUCGAUUAAUGGUUAUGGUACCGCCAAAAUUAUCUCAUACAACAACAACAACAACAACAACAACAACAACCAGAACAAAAUUGAUUAAAAUGACAACAUUGUCCAUAAUGAAUGAAGGAUAUUUGGACGCCAUAUCGAGGGGUAAACAUUCAUUGGUAUGCAAUGAUCAUUCAUCAACAUAUAAUUCGAAUCAAACACAAAAUAACAAUGGUGCCAAUGGUGGUUAUUAUAAUUAUGAUAAUCAUACACCAAUAUUGGGACAUAAUAUUUGUGAGGAAAAUUAUUUUGAAAAAUUAAUACAAAUUGAGAGCAGAUAUUUCGCUUCCGGUAUUGUUUCAGAUGCAUCAUCAAUUGGUUUCACGCGAUUCGUUCCAGGAACAACAUUACCAUCACCUUAUCCAAUACAAUGUAAAAGUAAACAAGUUUAUUAUAUGCAAUGUUCGGAUAUAAAAUGUGGCAUCAAUCAUAUACCAAUGGAUUCUUUAAUAUUCGAUGAAGAUGUUGCUAUUAUUGGUGGAACUACUAUUAAUAAUGAUUAUGAUAAUAAUAAUAAUAAUAAUGAUGAUGAUGAUGGACAAAAAUCCUAUCCAGGAUAUUGGCCUUGGUAUGCUAAAAUCAACAUUAAUGGACAUUAUUAUUGUGAUGGUACAUUGAUCACAUUGGAUACGAUCAUUGCACAAACAACAUGUUUCAAUGUUGGACAAAUUGAUCCAAAAUCAAUGAUGGCCAAUAAUAAUAAUAUAACUGUAAUACUUGGUUCUGUUCGUCUAAGUAAAGAUAAUAUCGAGUCAAAUGAAUUUCGUGUUGGUUCAAUUAAACAACAAAUCAUUGAUGAUCCAAAAAGAAAACAACAACAACAACAACAACAGCGACAACGAUUAACAUUAUUGAAAUUAGAACAACGUAUACAGACGGAUAAAUUGAAUCUAAUCAGACCGAUUUGUUCACCAAAACAAUCGACUACUACUACUACUACUACUAGUACAAGUAGUUGGACUAGUUCACAUAAAUGUGUCAUUGUUAAUUUAAAUUAUGAACAAGAUAUGUUAAAUCAUCGACCCGUUAAGAUUAUAAAUGUGGAACAAUGUCGACGGCAUUUAACAAUCCCAUCAUUUAAUCAUAACAUUAAUAAUCAUUAUCAAGUUCGUUUAAACGAAUCCAUAAAAUUGUCAAACCAUUCUCAAUAUUCAUCAUCAACAAUUUCAAUGAAUUUUGAGAAUGAAAUAAAUUAUGAUGAUAAACUAUGCGUCAAAUUGCGGCAGAAACGACGACAACGACAACAACAACAAUCAUCAUUGAAUAGUAAUUCUCAUUUUAAUAAUAAUAAUAAUAAUAAUGAUGAAAAUUUUAUGCUGAUGAAUAUAGAAUUACAACAACAACAACAGAAUUUUCCAAAUCAUCAUGGUCGUCAUUUAUAUUGUUUGACUAAACAGCAAUGGAAUCUAUUGGCAUUUGAAUAUUAUACAAUUCAGUCAUCAUCAAUGUUGUCGGAACAACGAACAAAUGAAUAUGAAAAUUUAAUAUUAUUCCAAAUAAUACCAAUCAGAAUAGUAUAAUAUGAGUUUUCAUUCUGUUGAUGACACUUUUUUUUGGAAUCUACGAAUAUAUGUUACACACACACCA